AUGGGCGAGGUGAAGCUUCCCGAGGACGUCAAGGAGCAGCUGGAGAAGUUCGAGGCGGCGGUGCAGGAGAUGGAGGAGGGGCUCACGCCGCUGCUGUCGGCGGACCGCAAGGAGAUGGAGGCGGCGCUCAAUCCACUGGAGCGCGCCAGGGUUCACAUCGCGCUAGCCAACGCAGUCAGCACGCUCUAUGCGAUGUACAUCAAGACGGUGGGCAUGGAUCCCGCCGAUCACGGCAUCUCGCGUGAGUUGGAGAGGGUGGACCUAUACAAGGGGAAGGUGGACAAGGCGCUGAAGCUGGGGGGUCCAAACACCAAGCUUGACGUGCCCGCUGCGGAGCGCAUGAUCAACGCCGCUCAGGGUGGAAAGAAGAAGCGGGAGGCCAACAAGGACGAGGCCGAGGAUCUGAUCGAGGAAGCGUUGGAGACCAAGAAGAAGGGGGACAAAAAGAAGAAGAAGAAAUGA